UAACGUAAAGCGUGGGUGAAUUAUCUCUUGUUUUCCACACAGCUGAGCCGCGCUGAGGUGUGCGACUGUCCGGGACACUAACCCAGGAGCGUCAGACGACAGCUAGCACGACCGAACCCUGAGCUAGACGGAUCUGUCACCGCCUACUCACCACACGUAACCCCUGAGGUUUCUAACGAUCCGGUCAGAGAAAACCAAACGGCAACAAAGAGCAGCACAACAGGACCGUAGCUGAGAGAAGUUCAAGUUUUGGACAAUUUUCAGGCUGUUCUCUUCAAGCAGACGUAGAGACUAGAAAACUAUACAAGACGACACAGUACUGAGCUGUAUUGAAACUAGCUGCAGACGACAAUUGGUGGACAUUUUCCCUCAGGACACAGUAAAGACAGAUCGAUCAGACGACAGAGCAUGUCUGUGAGAAGCGACACGUCCAGGACGACUUCUGACGGGAGCAGUAUCACCAUGGACGACGUGUCCUCCUACUGCAGCUCCACGGAGAGUACAUGUGAGAGCGGUACUCAGGAUUCGCUGACUCCGGGUUUUGCAGACGAUCCGGAAGGUUUCUCCAGGUUUGAGAACAAGUCUGGUCUGGCCGAGGACAUGAAGCUGCUGGCCACGAUGCCGGAGCUGUAUGACGUCACGUUCCUGGCGGGAGAAGAGAGGGAACCCGUGUACGGCAUCAGGGCGAUCCUGGCGGCUAGGAGCAGGGUGUUCCACAAGUUGCUCUUCUUAACAUCUCCAAAGAUCCGCAACAAGAAGACGUCCAGACACUCGGGUUCCUUCGCCAGAAUAUUUUCCAAGCUCGGCAGCAACGACAACUUGAACAUGAACUCGCCUGACGUCAUCGAGGUGCCUGACUUUGACCCGGAUGUGUUCCGUGACCUGAUGGAGUACAUCCACACCGGAUGUGUCAAGCUGCAGCCGAGGACGCUCAUUGGCUUGAUGAACGCGGCUGAGUUUUACGGUCUGGAGGAACUGAGGCGAGCCUGUAUCGGGUUUCUACACUGCUGUAUCAGUCUGGAUACCGUCUGUCCGCUACUGAGCUCGAUGGAGAAAUAUGUCCACUUCAAGUCAACGAGAUCACUCAUGCAAAAGGUGCUGGAGUUUGUAGACGACCACGCCACAGACGUGUUGACGCAAGCGCCUUUCGCCAUUCUCCCUGAUCACGUGGUCAGACUCAUCCUCUCGCGAGAUGUUCUGCAGGCAGACGAGGUCACAAAAUUCCACGCAGCUCUUCGCUGGGCACGUCGCUACAGCGACAAGCACCCAGACAUAUCCGUGAAGGCCGCCAUUUCUCCACUCUUGGACUACAUAGACUUCAACUCCAUGUCCGCCAUGACACUAAUGAAGGACAUCCGGGCCACGGGAACAGUCCCGGAUGAAAAACUCGUGACUGCGCUUGCGUACCAGGCGGACCCGGCCAGCGUGGAGUCCAUGCGCAUGCGCAACGCCACGAGAUCGCCACGGCGCAAGCGCAAUAACGUGACGUCACAGAUGGCGGCGCUAAGCAUGUCGGACAGGUUAGAUGAUGACGUCAAUAGUGACGUCGGUGAAUCGGACAGUGGAAACAGCAGCAAUGACCAUGAUGAUGGGAGCUUGCACUACUUCUAGGACGUAUGAUGGAGACACCUGUGGUAGAAUCAGUUGGAAAAAGAAGGGAAUGAUUUUACCAUGACAUGGGAAUGAAGAAUGACCCAGGACGAAUGGGAGACUUUAAAAAAAAUGUGGAAACCAGAAAUGAAUACAGCUUCAAAAGGACCAGUCAUCAACAGUGUGCAAGUUCAGCUUGCCCCCUACCGCUGUUGUCAUGAACUGCAGCACAGGAAUGGAAAGUGUUUCUUUUAUAAUGGGUACUUUCCAUGUAAGCCUAUGUGUGGACCUAGGCCCAUCCUCAUUCUAAAAUCGAUUAAGAAACAUCUGAUUGUUAUUGACUCAAAUAUACCUUCAUCAAUGUUUAAUGGUUUGUCAGCACUUUAGAAGUGUUAACGUUAUGUAUGCUGAGACUUGACCGAUAUUUUCUGUAAACAAGUUUGUUUCACAGUGUAUCCUAUUCUAGGAGCAGACAAGCUUCUUUCAUGUCAAUUGUACAUAGUGUACAUUGCUUCGUACUAACAGUAUUGUAAUAUUGAAUUAAUCACAGAAGCCUCCUUCAAACUUGUUGAUGCACUGAGUGUCAGUGUGAUGUCAUAUUUAACCAUUUUGUCAAUAUAAUAUUGGAAUCCGUCCUAUCAUGGGCAACAUGUUGUGAACUUUGUCAAACAUGAUGUACAUUUUG